UCUCGUAUUUUCUCUCCCCGCCCUUCUUCUCCCUCAGUCUUGCCCCUUGCUGUGCUCUUUUUCUCCGUCACCGGAAACAGGAAACCAAAUCCUUUCCUUUCCAGUCAAUGGCUUCCGCUAAGCAAGUCCUAAUAUCUACACGCCUUCUCUUCCUUCUAUUGCUCUGCCUUCCCUUUUCCUCUUCCACGGCUCCACCUUCCGAUCAACAUUCUUUAGUGGUUGCUCCAUCUGCUAAGCUGCAAUUAUCUCAUGGCGGCGUGCAAGUGAAAACUUGUCCUAAUUCCAAGCCCGGAAUUUCCAUGGUUUGUGAAAGGGUUCGUAUUUAUGGACUGUCCAGAAUUCAAAAUCUGUGGAAAUUUUCCCACUCAGUGAAGAUAAAAGUAUCAGUCACAAAUUCAACUGGUCAUCUGCCAAAGGCUGGAGUUUGCUUUCACAGGAAUAUGUCUUUGGGCUUAGGAAUGUGCCCCAAGAACAAGUGGGAGAAUGUUUCUAAUGGUUCCUGGGCUCGGUCUGCGUCGCCUUUCGGGCACAAGGUGUUAGAUAUAAGGGCUGCUAGUUCAUCUUUGGAAAGCUUUGAGGUGUCUAUAGAAGAAGAAUUACAUGUAUACCGUGUAGUAUGUUUAGCAUUGGGCAUGGUUAUGAUGAGCUUGGCCUCCUUUUUAAGCAACUCAUUAGUGUUUUACUACGGCACUACAAUGGCAAGUGGUGGUAUCCUUGUGAUAGUGGUGGUCUUUUUUCAGGGGUUGAAAAAGGCAAUGGAACUUCUUCCAACCGGUUCAAAGACUUCACUUUUCAUUUAUUCAUCUGUCGUCGGAUUGGUGUCUUUUCUCUUCUACUACUUUCCUGGAAUUUGGCAUUCAAUACUUACAGAGGCUGGAAUUAGUGAGGAAAUGUACUAUGCUUUGGUAGUCUUUCUAGUGGUGUUUUUAAUUCUGGCCGGAGGCUGGUUGGCCUUCUGGGUGGUUCACAAACACAUCCCGACAGAAGAUGGAUCUAUAGAUACAAGCACAUCCCUGUUUGUUGCAUGGUCCAUCCGAAUCUUGUCUGCUCUUUUGAUUCUUCAGAGUUCUGUGGAUCCCAUGCUGGCAACGGAAGCUCUAAUAUUUGGAAUGAUAACCUCUUCAAUACUGAGGAGUAUCUUUAGAUUGCGAAGGAUUCGUUAUAUUUACAGAGAGUUAAGGAAAUCCGCUAAAAGGAAGCACAAAACGGCACACCUUCCUGGUUCUUCAGCUCUAGAAGAUCCUCUUGAUAGGAUCCGAAGCAAUGAGGAUUUCAGUUUCCGGACAAUACCUCGAUCCAAAAAUUUCACCAUGGUUCCAUCCAGUCCUGCAGACCGUGGUUUUAGCGGGAGUGGCUCCAAUCAGCUUUACAUUUCUAGUUUCCACACUACACCUGAAGGGAGAAGGUUCUCGAAGCCUGAAUGGGAAAAGUUCACCAGAGAAUCCACAGAUAAUGCCUUAGAAGAGCUUGCCUCUUCCCCUGGUUUCGGGAAAUGGCUUUCCCAAAAUGCAGACAGAAUCACCGUAACUCCGCCCAGUAGCAGUAGAGCUGAACAGCGAAGCAAGUGGUUCUCAUGGUGAUAAGCAGCUUCCAUAUCCCUUGCACAGUCAAGAGAGCUCAUACUAGAUGCAGAAUACAUAUCAAAUUCGUACGGAGAAGCGAAUACAGCGUCGGUAUAUGGAGGCCAUUUUUAAACUGCAGAGAAGCAAGACUGAGUGCUGAUAUUGCAAAGUCGAAACGGUUUUGAAGGUUCUCGAGUUCAAAUCAUACUGCUUUGCCUUCUCCAUGAGACUUCCUGACUAAUUUGGAGUCCGGACCAUGUUAUCAUUGAGUUUUAAACGGUUCUUACUUCUGCUGUCUUUUACAGAAGAUCAUCAGCAGUACUUGAGAUGAAGCUUCCGGGCAGGAAAGGCCAUGUGACAGAGUGAUAACUAUCGAAGAGAUCAUCAAAUCGAUGUAGCCGCUUUUAAGUCGUAUAGCGACUACAAUUUUGUGUAAUAACUUUAAUCUUCUUUCAAAAUAUAGAAAGUACCAAGUCGUGACUUUCUUGGGACACAAUUCUACGUGUUUCUGAAGGAAUGUACAAGCUACAUAAUCCGUUUUGAAAGGAAAUGGACCAAAUAGAUGAUGUAUAUGGAUUAUGAGUAAGUGAAGAAUGAU